GUUUUUCAGUGUACAAAGCGCUAAAAUUUGACGAGCCUCAAGGUCCCAUAAUGCAGCGCCAGCGUCUUGGUAAAUCGCGCCUGCGCGGUAAGCAAUCCCUCUUUGGACCUACGUCUCCACUGAAACCAUGGCCAAGCGCACCAAGAAGGUGGGGAUUGUUGGUAAAUAUGGCACGCGUUAUGGCGCGUCGCUGAGGAAGAUGGUGAAGAAAAUUGAAAUUUCCCAGCAUUCAAAGUACACCUGCUCUUUCUGUGGCAAGACCAAGAUGAAGAGGAGGGCUGUUGGCAUCUGGCACUGUUCUUCCUGCAUGAAGACUGUGGCUGGAGGUGCUUGGAGUUACAACACAACUUCUGCUGUCACAGUCAAGUCCGCAAUCAGGAGACUGAAGGAGUUGAAAGACCAGUAAACCACUGUAAUCGUCACUGGUUAUUGUGGGACUUUUUCUAUAAUUUAACCGAGCUGGAUGUGGCCUCAACAUCAUAAAAUAAAGUAGUCUGGAGCGGA